GAAUCUAAUAAAAAUUUUGUCUUAUAGCAUCAUCAUGUCUCAACAAAGAGAGAGUAAUGAAGCAGACUUAGCCUUGACCAGACAACCUGAGCUACAAAGAACUGAUGACACAAGGAUCAGUCUUCAUUCAUCAGAACAGAAGCAGCACCCUCCUUUAGUUCAAACUGUCAGUAUUAUUGUUGAAUCAGUUGACAAUGGGGAACACGAAGAACAAGAAUUCCCAGAUAUUAAGGAGCAAGAAGAAGUAGAACCUAUACAUUUUGAAAAGUCCCCAAGGAAAUCAAGUGUUCAGUUGAUUAUGGAUCAUGCACGUCUGAGGAAAGAAGAAUUUGCUCGUCUUUUGGAAGAACAUGCUCAACUUGUCAAGGAAAUCAAUCAGGCAGAAAAUAGUUUACUGUGAUACUAUUCUCUGGCAGUAAAUAGAUGAUGUGGAAUCUUAAAUUCACAAAAGGAUAUGUGAUUUGAAAAAAAAAUUGAUUCGAGUCUGGAAUUUGAGCCUGCUUUGUAGGAAAAAAACAGGUUAAUUUUGUGAAACAUUACUGUAAGUGAAGGCAAAAGAUUUUCUUUAUGAAGGCUUUCAUGGUGUAUUUUGUUUAUUUUUUUUCAAGUGCUUUUAAACUAUCUGUUUAGCUUUUCAAUAAUUUGUCAGGAUGUGUUGGUGUUUAGCAAUAUUGUGAUUUAAUAGAGCUGAAAUAACAACACCAUAAAUAUUUAAAAUGUUUAAUGAAAACUGAUAGCUGUAAGUAUUUAAGUUGAAAUUUUUACUUGUAAUGAUCUUUCUAGCUGUGGUUUGUAUUUUUGAUUGUUGCAUUAUAUUAUUAAUUAUCAUCAAUUUCAAUAAGCUAUUAGUUAAUUAUCUAAAAGUUUGAAAUGUAGUUUAUUUGAAAAUCAAUUUUUUUUCUAUGUUAUCUCUUCUUUUCUUCUGGCAGAUUUUGGUAUUGAGUUGUUUUUAACACCAUCCAUUAAAAUAAUAUAAGGUAGGUAUGUUAGGUAAAAUACCAAUGUUUAUUACAUUAAUACUUCUUAAUAAUGUUAUAAGUGUUUAAUAAGUAAAACAACUUAUUUCAUGUAGGUGUAUAACUUUUGUUGGGUUUAUUUGCAACAGUUAUUGGUGCAUUAAAUAAAAAAAAGCAGUUUUCUGUUAUUUCAAAUACCACUACUUCACAAAUGAUAGUUUUUUAAAUUUUAUACAUAUUGUUAGACUAUCUAUAAAUAAGGUAACUUAGACAGGCAAUUCUGUCACAUAGUCCAUUUUAAAAAAUUAAAUUUUAUACGCAUUGUUAGACUAUCUAUGAAUAAGCUAACUUAGACAGGCAAUUCUGUCUUGGAGUCCAUUUUAAAAAUUUUAUAUUGAAAAUAUAUAUUAUUUAACCAUUGAAUAUGGAUAACUGCUUGGCUAUAACCUUGAAAGUUGGUCAGGGUUAACAAAAUGUAAUAUUUAUUUAAUGACAGUUUUCCAAACUAAACAAGUUAUUAUCUCCAAAGUAUUUUUGACAGCAGUGCCUAUAUUAUAUUAUCACAUUUAGUCUAAAAAUAAAAUACACAAAACCUUUAUCAGAGCAAAAAUGUUUAAUUUUGAACUCAAGGCUAGUUACCUUAUUCAGAUAAUUUAGUUGAAUUCGAAUGAAUUGGUUCAAACAAGUUUAAAAUCUGAUCUGUAUAAAUAUACACACUCAUUGUUUGCAAUUUUGGAAAUAUUCAAUAUUUAACAGUAAACAGAAAGGAGUAACUUCUACAGUUUGAUGUGUUUCUUUGUAGAUUUGUUGCAGAUUUUCUACCAAGAUUAUCCUGUUAUAUUAAAAGUAACAAAUAAGUAAGAAGACACUCAUUGUUUGCAAUUUUGGAAAUAUUCAAUAUUUAACAGUAAACAGAAAGGAGUAACUUCUACAGUUUGAUGUGUUUCUUUGUAGAUUUGUUGCAGAUUUUCUACUAAGAUUAUCCUGUUAUAUUAAAAGUAACAAAUAAGUAAGAAGACACGGUUUCAUAACCUUAUUGGCAGGUUCAGGUUAAUUUUUUUUUGUUUGCUUAAAGCUUGCAACUAGACUAGAAAACACAGAACUAUAGUACCUUAGAAAUUUGCCUGAAAUAGAAUGUUGUUCUUUCUAUUCCUCUAAAGUUAGAAACUAAACUAGAAAAUAUUGAAAUAUAUUACCAUAAUAGAGUCAGGACCAGUGUUCUGUUAGGUUGUGGAUAACAGCAGAACCUGAUGAGAUUUAAAACUGUGUAAUCUUAGAGGCAGAAUCAUCUAAAACCUCGUUUUUUUAUUCUAGUUUCGUUGACUCGUUUAAAAGUUGUAAGUAACACCUAACAAUUGGCUUUAAGUAACAUAUUUCUGUGUCAUUUUCAGGAAGUUUCGGCAUUGCUUCAGAAUUUGUUACAAAGUACUGAAUAAUGCACAAAUAAAUUAUUAAUUGUAAAGUCUGGAAGAAAUAAUACAUGUUUUCUACUGAAAUCACUGUCAUCUUAUGCUUAUUAGCUGGUGCCAAAGUGAUUUGUCCUGUUUGUUUACUUGUCCAAUAAUGGGGCUUCCUUCCAAAUCUGUGUUUCAGAAACAUAGCAUUGACAUCAGAACAAGUAGUAUUAUUAGAAAUAAAUGUAUAUUGUCUAUGUUAAUGACAGUUUUUAAGUUUCUUGGCAAUUGUUUAGAGCUGCAAAUCAUCAUAUACAUUGAAGCAACACCUUACUCUUCUGAAUUUAAUGAAUAGGUUGAUAAGUGUUUUCAUUAACUGUCAUUCAUUAACCACAGCUGGCUACAAGAAAUAGUCACUUCUUAAUAUUUAUAUUUUUUUAUGGAAUGUACAUGUUUUCUGAAAAAACAACUAAUUUUUGUUCAAGUGUUAGUCAUUAUAUCUAUGAUUGUUUUAAAUAAACCUUUCCUGUAUCAUCUUUGUUUAGAAUAUAAGGUGUAGCCAAAUUUGUGAGCUUAAGAUAUUUGUUGAAAGAUCUAGAAGAUUAUCUGUGAUAUUUCCAAAUUGUAUUUUGGUGAUAAUGGUUAUAAACACAAAGUAAUGUAUACACAUGGUGUUUAACACUUGAUAGUAUUCUCUAAUCCCUGUAAUUUACAUGAUGAUAAAUACUCUACCAUGCUGUAUAGUUGGUACCUUCUCACUAUUGAUCAAAAGUACAUAAUACAACAUAAUAUCUAUGAUAAAUAUUAUUAAACUUUUCUGUAUAAUUGCUACCAUCUAUGAUAAUCAGUAUUCUUUAUUGGUCAAUACUAAUAUUUUUUAUUAAGAGGAAGUGAACUAAGAAUGUGUACCUGCUACUCCCAUAUUCAAAGUUUAUAUAAACCCUGAUGAAUACAUUCCUUGUCAAUAUAUGUAUUUCAGCCCCCCCCCCCCCAUACAAACUGCCAGAAGUGUUUUCAUUAAAUUUUUUGUAUAACUCCAAGAUAAGGUGGUGUAAUUUAUGUCAAGUGUGGCCAAAACUAUGCCUUUUAAUUUGUUCUUUGUAUUUACUUGUGAAUUGAUGUAAAUCUACAAGAAAGUAAGUCAAAAUACUUGUCUACAAAAAGUGUUAUGUUAAAUAAAUGAAAAUCUGUGA